AUCGCAUUCACUGGAAGGGAUUUCGUUGACAAAUUCAUUGCAAAAUACAGCCAAAAUGCUACAGUGGCUAGUCCCUCGUCUCUUACUCCCAAGUUUUACGUGGUCGGAUCAUGAGGCGACAGUUCUAAGCGACCAACUACCACCUGUCCCUCAGGCAACCCACCCACGAAUCCGUCAAUUCUGGGGCAUCGUCCACAAAUACCUCAGACGGUUUUCUCGUUCGUAUUGCAGCUGGGUCGGAGUCGCCUAUGAUAACCAGAUCGCUCAGCUUCCUUUUGGGCUCAUUUUAAAAUGGUCGGAUGGAACACGGCUAGAGGAAGUUUUAGCUAUGCAAGUUGCUAGAAAAGCAGGUCUACCAGUACCAAAAGUCAUAUGUUAUGGCGAGCAUGCUGAUACUCCUCAUGCGCCGGUUUCGAUUCUGAUGACACGUCUUCCUGGCAAGGAAUUGGGUCAAAUUUACGAGGCGCUCAGCAACGAAGAGAAAGACGCGGUGUCUCAACAGCUCGAUCAGUACUUGACAACUAUAAGGAACUGGAAAAACCCGUGGGGCGAGAGCAGAAUCUGCUCUUUAUUGGGCACGCCCCUUAGAAGUGUCCGGGUACCCAAUCACCUUGCAGGUCCUUUUGAGUCAGAGCAAGAACUCAACGAUUACCUGAUUAAACCUGCCUGGUCGGGUGGAUUUUCAUCGGAAAAGGCUUACAGCGAGGCAUUGAACCGAGCCAGAAGAAUCGAUAAACUACGCCAUCGUGUUGUCUUUACACACGGUGAUUUACAACACCACAACAUCAUGAUCCAUAGGGGACGCAUCACAGGUUUUCUAGAUUGGGAAUCAGCAGGCUGGUAUCCUGAAUACUGGGAAUUUACGACAGCCUUGAGAUUCGCGCAGGAGAACUUCUGGUGGUAUCAAUUCGUGAUUGAGCUUGGUGGAAAGUCUUAUUUGUUGGAAUUAGACUGUGAGAGGGCAUUGACUUCUUUGACCAGUGCCUCGUACUACUGGUGAAUUACUCAACUCUUGCCCAAAUUAUCAAUCCCAGUUACUUCUAUAAACAUAAAAUCUCGAAUCAAU